UGAAUCAAUAACAGAUGUAUGAUUGACUUUGAACAAAUUUUUUGAAAAUAUCGUUUUAAUCCGCCGGCGCCGGUAUCUCUAAACAAUGUUGUGGCAAUCAAAAUUCCUCCGGCUCCGCCGCCACCACCGGCUGCUACCAUCCACGAUUUCCUCUCUGCGGCGCUGCCACAGCGAUUCAGCCUCACCUUCUUCUUCUUCUUCUUCUUCUUCUUCACAAAACGACGCCGAAUCGACGGUGACCCACGUCGUGGAACUUCUCCAACAGCCAACGCCUCGGUGGGACUACGAUCAGCUUCGUCCCUUUCUCGUCGACGCCUCACACCAUCUCCUCCAAAUCACUCUCCGCUUAAACUCCAUUCCCAAAGCCCUCGAUUUUCUCAAUUUCCUCAGAGACAAAACAGAGAUCCACCACCCCCAAGCCCUCUCUUACGCAUUCGAGGGCGCUCUUGAACUCGCUUCUCGACACCCCAAUUCGCAGAACGAGCUUCUCAUGCUUCACAGUUACCUAAAGUCCAACGCUUGUGCCAUCUCUCUCACUGCCAAUUCCGCUUACCUUCUUUUGCAGUGCUUAGAGAGGGCCCAAAGGCUGGACGACGCGCUUCUUCUGUUCAAGGAGCUCGACCCUUCUUCCAAAAGUUUUCGAUUUUGCAACGGGUUGCUGAGGGGGUUGUUCAAAUUGGGUCGCACUGAUGAUGCGCUCUACGUGCUCGACGAAAUGCUAGAAAGGUGUUCUGGUUUUCCUCCUGAUGGUUUCACGGGUGAAGUUGUUUUCGAGGAGUUGGCGAAGCGUGUGGGACGCGGAAGAAGCUUUGCGGAUCAGGAAAUUUUGGGGUUGGUUACCAAGCUGUGUGAGCAUGGAGUUUUCCCUGAUGCAUUUAAGCUUACCCAAAUAAUAACCAGGCUAUGUGGGAACCGGAAGAAUGAUGUCGCGUGGGAGCUUUUGCAUGGUGUGAUGAGAUUGGGUGGUGCAGUUGCGGUUGAAGCUGUGUCUUGCAAUGCUCUUUUAGCUGGGUUGGGAAGGGAGAGGGACAUUCAGAGGAUGAAUAAACUGAUGGCGGAGAUGGAAGAGAUGAGGAUAAAGCCCAAUGCUGUGACAUUUGGGAUUCUUGUUAAUCAUUUGUGCAAGGCUAGGAGGAUUGAUGAGGCAUUGGAGGUGUUUGAGAGGUUGAGAGGCAAAGGAGAAGGUAAUCGGGUUGGUGUUGAGCCUGAUGUGAUCUUGUUUAAUUCUUUGAUUGAUGGGCUAUGUAAAGUUGGGAGGGAGGAGCAUGGUUUGAGUUUCUUAGAAGAGAUGAAAACAAAGAGUAAAUGUAGGCCAAAUUUUGUUACAUAUAAUUGCUUGAUUGAUGGGUUCUGCAAAGCUGGUAACAUUGGUAAGGCUCGUGAGCUGUUUAAUCAGAUGAUCGAGGAAGAAGUGCAUCCAAGUGUGGUCACCCUCAAUAUAUUGGUUGAAGGUUUGUGCAAACAUGGGAAGGUCCACAGUGCAGUUGAGUUUUUCAAUGAGAUGAAAGGGAAGGGGUUGAAGGGAAAUGCUGUUACUUAUACUGCGCUGAUAUCUGCCUUCUGUGGUGUCAACAAUAUUGAUAAAGCCAUGCAAUACUUUGACGAGAUGUUGAGUUCUGGAUGCACUCCAAAUGCGGUAGUUUACUAUAGUUUGAUAUCUGGUUUAAGCAUAGCUGGAAGGAUGGAUGAUGCCAGUGCUGUUGUGUCUAAGUUGAAACAGGCUGGGUUUGGUCUUGAUAUAAACUGCUAUAAUGUCCUUAUCAGUGGAUUCUGUAAGAAGAAUAAGCCGGAAAGAAUUUAUGAAAUUCUUAAAGAAAUGGAAGAAAUUGGGGUUAAGCUUGAUAUUGUCACCUAUAACACUUUGGUUUCCUACCUUGGUAAAAUUGGAGAUUUUGCAACUGCCAGCAAGGUGAUGAAAAGGAUGAUUAAAGAGGGUCAUGAGCCCUCUGUUGUCACAUAUGGAGCAAUUGUACAUGCAUAUUGUUUAAAGGAGAAUGUUGAUGAGGCCAUGGAGAUUUUUGAGGAAAUGUGUUCUAGAUCUAAGGUUCCUCCCAACACUGUGAUUUACAACAUCUUAAUAGAUGCUCUUUGCAAGAAUAACGAUGUAGAAAGGGCUGUUUCUUUGAUGAAUGACAUGAAAAUAAAGGGGGUUCCUCCUAAUACAACCACGUAUAAUGCUAUUCUUAAAGGAGUUUGGGAUAAGAAAAUGUUGCAACAAGCAUUUGAACUUAUGGACAGAAUGAUUGAAGACGCAUGCCAUCCUGAUUAUAUAACCAUGGAGAUUCUUACUGAAUGGCUUACUACGGUUGGUGAAAUAGAAAAACUGAGAUGUUUUGUUCAAGGGUAUCCGGUCUCUCAUCCAGCAUCAUCUCAAACUUCAAUUUGUUUAUAAUGUGCUUGAGCAAUGCAAGGGUUUUAUCUGUUAAAGCUCUACAGUAUGAUAUUCCCUUUGAAAUCAUUUAUAAAAAACGACGUGGCUGAUAGGUUUCAUGCCAAGCUUAAAUUUGUUCCCAAGUUUUGAACCUUUGACUUGACACUAGUAAUUUAAUUCAUCGACUUAUUAAAGAUAUGAGGGUUUUUGUAUGGAAGAUGACCUUGGGUGCGUGUAUACACACACGCACACUCAUCAGGCUGAGGUCAAAGGAUGUUUAUCACACUAUCCACCAUCAAGGCAUCAACUUUCAUUGGAAAACAUUCUCCUCCAAUCUUGAAUUUUGAAAAGUAGCUGAAGUUGGAGCAUCCUGCAUUGCAUAUCUAUCCAAAUAUGGUGUAUUCAAAAGGGUGGCUCUGCAGUCAUGGAUCCUAAGGCUGCAAUUUAUUUUUCUUCUUUUUAUUAAUUCUGUAAGGUUUGAAACAGAAAAUUAAGGGUAGAGAUUAAAAUUGUCUCUCUUCAAAUACAAGUAAUCCACAUCCGAUCAAAAGUUGUAAACCAUGCUUUUACCAAUUCAUUGUCUUAUCUAAUAUUUCAAAAUUUAUCA